UUAGUAUUUAGGUCAAAUUUAUAAUUAAAUUCUAUAGGAAAUUAUUAAUUUUUAUUAGAUAGUGCAAGGUGCAAUAAAAUUUAUUGCAUAAAUUCGUGUUUUUAUUCAAAUUGUGAUGAGUUCUUGUUGUGGCAACGAGUUAGUUUUCAACUCGGUUAUUAGUGAAGUAGUAUCCACAAAUUUAGGCGAACUUGUUAAUUUAGCGCAAAGUAUUGAUGGUUAUUUUGUUGUAUUUGGUGCUAUUAUUGUUAUAAGUGCAUUUGUUAUAUACACUGGGCGUAGAAGCGGUGUUGAUUUCCAAUCAGAAUAGACUGGUGAAUGAAAGUAACAGUAAUGAAAUUGUAUGGGUGCAUAUUAUUGAAGUAACACUGUCAGGGCACCCGUCGUUGCGGUAUCAGCGGGCGGGGAGACGGGUCCCGACGGCCCUGCACGCGAGGAAAGCAUGAAAGGCGUGGAGGCCACACCAGAGGAACAAGAACGGCUAGCCGCUGGAAAUAACAAUGGUUCCCUCGACUGCAAGCUGCCGCCGGAGCAGCCGCGCUCCGCGUUCCACUCGACGCGGGUGUUCAUGUUGGUGUUCCUGGGGGGAUGGGUGCUGCAAGGCAUGUUCCUCACGUACUUUGUGAGUGUGACGACGACAGUGGAGAAAUUGUAUAAGGUGGAAUCGAAGACGACGGGAAUUCUGCUGUCGGCGACAGAAAUCGGACAGAUAUGUACGGCGCUGUUUCUGACUUACCUCGCGGGGCGCGGGCACCGGCCGAGAUGGAUCGGUUGUAUGAUGCUGGUGCUGGCCGUGGGGGUGAUCGGGUGCGUGGUGCCGCACGUACUGUACGGGACGCGGCUGAUGGACGUACAUUUAGACUCGCACCGGGCGGAGGCCGCCCAAGUGUGUUCGGCGGACAAUGCCUCUAACGCCUGUGACGACGCUCACAUGAAGAGCACGGCGGCGCGGUCCUCCAUCACCGCGGUGGUGAUCCCGUGGCUCUUCGUGUGCCUGCUGGUGGUCGGCGUGGGGCAGACCGGAAUAGCUACGCUGGGUAUACCCUAUGUUGAUGACAACGUUGGCAGCAGACAGUCGCCAUUGUAUAUGGCAAUCACAAUUGGUAUCCGAGUUAUAGGACCUGCCCUAGGAUUUCUCCUUGGAGCUUUAUGCACGAGGGUUUACGUCGAUCCAUUAAAAGACCCCGGUUAUGAAUACAGUGAUCCGAGAUGGGUUGGAGCUUGGUGGCUCGGUAUGGUAUUCAUAGCCGGCUUCAUAGUGCUUCUCUCUGGGCUUAUGUUCUGUUUUCCGCGACAAAUAAGACAGAGUCCUGUGCCGCUGCCAGUCAAGAAGAGUAAAGAGAAGAACGAACCGUUAUUUAAGGAUUUCUUCGCGACCAUAAAACGCCAACUCACCAACGACAUUCUCAUGUGGCGCACGGCGAGCUCCGUGCUCCACCUGAUGCCGAUCAGCGGCGUCUACUCGUUCCUGCCGAAGUACCUGGAGAAGCAGUUCCGGCUGCCGACGCACGAUGCCAAUCUUGUCUCGGGUCUCGGUGGUAUUCUGGUAAUGGGUUUAGGCAUCAUCACCUCCGGCGUGGUGAUCCUGAAGCUGGUGCCGAGCGCGAGGCAGGUGGCCGCGUGGACGGCUGCCACUGCUGCUAUUUACAGCGCUGGUAUGAUUUUGCUGAUGUUCGUCAGCUGUCCCGAAGAGAGUUUCCGCGUCAUCACCAAGACGGAGAUGAGCAACCUGUCGUGCAGUGUGGACUGUCACUGCGAGAACGCAUCCUACAGUCCUGUUUGCGGACAGGACUCGUACACGUACAUGUCGCCGUGCCAAGCGGGAUGCAUGAGCAGCAAGCAAUUGGACAACAGCACGUGGCUAUACUACAAUUGCUCCUGUGUGGAUGGCGAUCUGCAAGGCCUGAAGGCUUAUAAGACCAUCGAACGCUACGAGCUAGCGAACGCGACGCGCUCGGGGCCGGCGGGCUGGAACGGGUUCGCGGUGAGCGGCGAGUGCGGCGGGCCGUGCGACCGGAUCUACGCGUUCGUCGCGAUCUUCGCCGCCGUCAUGUUCGUGCACGCCAGCGGCGAGGUGGGCGCCGUGCUGCUGAUCAUACGCUGCACGGACAGGCACGACAAAGCGAUGGCGAUGGGCGUGAUCCAGUUCGCGAUAGGCGUGUUCGGCAACGUGCCGUGCCCGAUCGUGUUCGGCGCGGCCGUGGACGCGGCGUGCCGCCUGCGCGACGCCGCGUGCGGCCUGCUCGGCGCCUGCGCGUCCUACGACAGCGACCACCUGCGACACUUCUUUUUGGGUCUAUCAGCCGGCCUAAUGUUCCUAGCGUUCAUAAUGGACAUGCUAGUGUGGAGCCGGGCCGGCCGCAUCGACAUGAACCCGUGCGAGGUAUCGGAGGCGCCCCUCUCGCCGCUCGCCAGCCCGCUCACGCCGCCCACGUCGCCCGACACGCAGCUCUGACAGAACCUCUCAUAUGAAUCCCAUCUGUGAAGUCCAUACGUGAAACUCACCCGUGAAACCCAACAGUGAAACUCACCUGUGAAAAUUAUACGUGAAAUCAAACAGUGAAGUCUAUUUGUGAAAUAAAUCAGUGAAGCCUAUGAAAUCCCAUGCGGCGGUUAUGGGAACGCAACGAUGUAAUAUUCACAAACGACUUUUUGAACAGAGAGCUGUGUUUAGGUAUCAUUACUUAAAUAUAUUUCUACUUGCAAAAUAAUCAUGCCAAUAAUAAAUAAAUUAAUUAAUAAUAAUUUGGGGAAAUUAAAUGGAAUCGUGAUAAGGCAAUUUUGAAUUAAGACGCACGCACAUUUAAAUUUAGAACUUAUCAAUUAGAAAAAAAAGACCCAACUCGAGGUUCGUAUUGUGUUUGAAAUAUUUGAAUUAAGAAUGAAAGUGACAUGAGAUAGUUAAAUUUAAAAUGGCAUAACUUCUAGAAUAAAUUUUGUGCUCCUAGCUAAUCUGGAAUUAAAUCUGUGGUAUGCAAUUGUAGUGAAUUUGUAUACACUGCAUGUACCAUAAAACGUGUAAUGGAAUUUCCAGAUUUGCUAUUUAAAUUUUGAUGAAGUUAAGCUCCUAUAAAUUGUUUGAAUUGGAUAGAAUUUAAAUAUUUUGCUUUUUUACUUGAAUAUUAGUGCAAUUUAAACAUCGUAUCUCUACGAUACUAGAAUUAUGCAAUGUGUUAGUUUGAAAAUUUAUUAUUCUCUUAUGUUAUCAAGAUUCUUUAUUGUUAGUUCAAUAUGCUGCUAGGCAAUAUUAUACUUAUCAAUUUAUUAUAUACAUAUGUAGUCGACGAGGUGAGGUUAGUGUCGUUUUACGGUUAAUGGACUUCUAGAAUAAAAUAUUUUUUUUUCCAUGGAAUUAAUAAUACCAUAUAGCGUGAAUGUGCAAUGUAGGGUGAAAUAAAGGUAACAUAGUGGAAUAUUUUUAGGGCGGGCAUAUGCUGGUAUGCUAGUGAAUGACUGAAUAGGCAUAUGCAAUAAUAUAAUAUAGUCUGUAUUUUCAUAUAUAAGUGUUUGUUUCAACGAUGUGUGUUCGCGGUGAUGCAUUUAAAUGUCACGUGUAUAAUUUACGGCAACUAUUUAGUAAAAUAACGAGACGUUCGCGGUUUUAUAAUACAAUUUUACAUAAUGUUUUAUUCUACUGUAUUCUACUUUUUAGACCAGUGCAUAAGUGACCUUUGUUGAUUAGUACGCUAAAUAUUUAUACGCGAAUUGCAUAAUCUUUGUUAUUUUAUCAUUUAAAUGUGUCGCAAAUGUAUUUGGGGGUGUUUUACAUAGAUAUUUGUCAGUUCCAUGUAAUUAAUGCUAGCAGCAUUAUACAUAAUCACAAUUGUGGGACUGACUUAUUAUGUGCUGUGUAUCGCUGUCUUUAUGUGCUAAAUAGUAAAUGGAAAAUCGUUCUUAAUGUUCUAUACUUAAAUCUUUAACGCUCGUAUUAUAACGAUUUUUUUUAUCUAUAUUGAAAAAAGAUCCUUCGAGACGGAUCUUUCGAAAUUUUUUAUAAAAUUUUCUUAUUUUUGUGUUAGACUUAAAUGUAUGCGUUGAUAUGUAGUUUUUGCUACAAAUAUAAAGCUUUUUAUAGUGGAAAAAAAAACAUGCACAUAGAGACAGCGUUCAGUGAAACAUUUAUAUUUCGAUUAUUGCGAAUUAAAUGGCUAGUGAUUAGACGUUUAUUUUAGGGAUAGUAUGUUUAAUUUUUGUAAAUAUAUUAAGAUGAAAUAUAAUCACAAUAGUUAUAUUUAAUUGAUAAUAUAAUAUUUUUAAUUAUCUUAAAAUUUACUCGCUCGAGCUAUGGCCAGUCAAUGUAUUAAUAAACAAUAGUAUAGUAUCGAAGCAAUGAACAUUUUCAACCAUUAUUCCAUUAAAUACAUGUAUACAACGAUAUUUUUUAAUAAAUUUCAAUAUUGUAAUAUUCUACGUAUGUACUAAUAGUUGGGUAGGAGUCUAGUUUAUGCAUUUACAAAAAAUUGGCAUUUUUUGUUUUGUUUCUAUAGAAUAAAGGAUUUAGGAAACGUAUGAUAUAAAUAAAAUACAAAUUAUGUAAUUUAGCACUCAAGCAAACGUCAUUAUAUAUUUUACACAAAUGUAAACUUUCUCUCAUGGUACAUUAGAUAUGUUUUUUAUUAUUUUGUGUUAAUCCUAUAUAACUCCCUUUGAGUAAUAGAAAACUUGGAGUAUUUAGUUUAUUAAAUUUAAUACAAGUUUCUACAAUAUAAUGAAAAAAAAUUCGUUGAUGAAACAUUUGAUAGGAUAAUGGUUAUUUUUUAGAUAAAUAUUAUAUUUUUAUUCAGAUUUUUACAUAAAUGACAGACUAUAGUUCAGUGAAGAUUUAUACAAUAAAAGGCUGGGCGAAGUGUAAACGAGUUAUAAUAAAAUUUAUAAGCAAGUCUAGGUUAUUUCUCUCGUCGAGAUCUGCAAUACGUUUUGCUAUUGUUAAUUCUUUGUAAUUUCUUAUCAAUGUAUCGGGGUGAUUUUACAUCUUUAGGAUGGCAAGUGCAAUAAAAAAAAAGUGAAUUUUAUUUUUAAAAAUCGAAGCAUAACGGCCACUGCCAUUUUGCAUAGUAAUGAUUUAUAUACAGAUUAAAAAUAUAAUUCUUAUGACCGUCAUGUGCUUGUGUUCUGUGCCACCAAAUUGUUUUUUUUUUAUUAUUUUGUAAAUAUUGUGUUCGUAAUUUCUAACAUGUGCAUUAUUCGUGUGCAAUCUUUAUAAAUGUUUAAUAAUUGAAUAGGUAUAUACUAUAUAUAAUUUUUUUUUAUAUUUUCGGCUGCGUUUUUCAUUCGAACUGUGGCGGAGCAUAAUUAUUUUAACGUAAUUUUUAGGGCGUUCAAUUUUGAACAGGGAAAUUAAAUGAAAUAUUAUACAUCACUGUCAUGAAUUUCGUCAGUUAGGUUUUAGUAUGAUUUGUUGUCUGUUUUUCGAUUAGUACUAAUCAAUGAAGUUAAUGUUUUUUGUAACAAUAACAAAUAAAAACACUAGUCUACAAUUUAUAGUUUUAACAAACGAAUACCUAUUGGUAUUGUCAAUAUAUUGAUUAUAUUAAUGAUGGGCAUAAUUUAAUAAAUCGCAUGCAUAAUCGUCAGCCGCUUUUCGGCGAAAAUUUUUGAUAUUCAAUAUAUAUUCGCUCAGUGGUGGCUAAACCUUAAAGAUUUUUGAAAGAUUUGAUAUGUUUGAUAUCAUUUCUAAAAUAAGGUUUUGAAUAAAAUAAAGCCAUAUUGGGUUUAUAUUAUUACUUUUGGAAGCGGUCAAAUUUGUGCCUUGCGUUGUUUAUUAAAAAAAUCUACAUACGUAUUUGAGAAAAAAAUUAUUACAAACAAGACAAAUUUUUUUUUGCUUGUCAUUUGGCAAUUAAUUUGACAGUGCCGUCGAACAAUUAUAUGUCGCUUAUCUUAGGGAAAAUGUGUACGUCAUAAGGUCAAAGGUGUAGUGUUUAACAAUUUA